AUGGUGUCACAACAUGGCUCUUGUGCUUUCCAGACGACAGACAAAGAGGCGCCAGGUCUGAUUCAAAUGGAGACCUUGGCCUUCCUGACUGGCUUCCCACAGUCCUACAAACUAUCAGAGAUGCUGCGAGACAAAUUGUUGCCCACCGUAAAGAGCAGAAUAAUUGCGUUUGAGUUGUACCCGGAUGCCGGCAUCGCUCUGCUCGACCUUAAAACACCACAGGACUUCACUUUUCUCCUGCAAUUGGCGAAAAGUAGCACGAAACUGGAUGGGAAGAAGCUGGCCAUCAGUCCUGUGUACUUGUUCUGGGAUAUGAGGGCCAUCGUAGAGGUGACCUGGGACUGUCUCACAGCCAACCGCUUCGAGGAGAACGGUGCUCUCCUCUAUUCCUUACGCUCCAUGGAGAAACAUGCGCCGUGGGUGCGACACGUCUACAUCGUCACGAACGGGCAGAUUCCAUCCUGGCUCAACCAGCAAAACUCCCGUGUUUCAAUUGUCACACAGAAGGUAGCAUUGCAGCCUCUCACACUGAAAAUAAUGAAAUCUUUCCUGAUCGAAAGCCACCUCCACCGCAUCCCCGGCAUCUCGCAAAAGUUCCUUUACCUCAACGAUGACAUGAUGUUUGGCAAAGACGCAUGGCUGGACGAUUUCUACACCCCAACCGAUGGGCAGAAAGUCUAUCUCGAGUGGGCUUUAGCGGCCUGUUCAAAAGGCUUUCCAGCACACAGGAUCAAUAACGGGCAGUGUAAUCGGGAGUGUAACAAUGCCGCCUGCCAAUGGGACGGAGGAGACUGCAAAGGUGGCGUUCAACAACAGUUGUGUUGGACUUGUGAAGUCAGAAACCGCAGGUCUAUAAGAAGCGCUGGUGAGGGGGGUUUAUUUCAAGCUCACAAGACUCAGUCAAACAGCCAGAAGUCAAGCCUGACACAAAAACCAGCAAACUCCUCGAAUGAGAAUGAGGCUUAUUUGGGAAUGUCACUCCAAGAGUUUGUCCCGUCUGACAAGGGGUUCCUCAAAUACUUUCAAGAAUCGCUUGAGGUAAGUACGACUGUACUGUCAACACUAACGUUUGAGACGAAUGGUGCCAUGUUUGGCCGAAAGUUGCAAAACACUUUUUCUGAGGCACUGAGACACGUCAACAGGCUGUACAAUCUCAAGUUUGGCGGCAUGAUCCGAAAGGCGAUCUCACACGCUAUGAUUGACAAGCUUGUAAUGCAGGAGCUGCAGGACGCAUUCCCAGAAGAAUUUCGCAAGACCUCAAGCCACCGUUGGCGUCAAUCAGACGGCAUGCAAUAUGCCUUUUCCUACUUUUAUUUCCUGAUGAGCGUCAAGCAGCAGGCUAACAUCUCAAAAGUGUUUGACGCUGCUGACAAGGACCACUCUGGCGUUCUGUCUGAAAGUGAGAUUGAAGCUCUGGCCGUGAAAAUCUACAAGCAGCCAUUCAAACCCGAGGUGGUCUGUUCAUGAGACAUUGAAUGGCCAAAAGUAAUUUGGAUUGAAUGAGUCAUCCGUUAUUCUGCGGUUACUUCUAAUAUUUGACGAGGUUGAAGAAUCAGUUGAUC